CACCUCAUGCUCUGCACUUGUGAGAAUCAUUAUAAAAGAAUGGAGGAAAGUGGAAUGGAAUUCAACUCUGAAACUCCACUGUCUGAAAACAGCCUUUACUACAAUAAAAACCCCACCCUGAGUGAUCAGAUGCACUGCCUGGUGUUCGUCAUGCCAGCUGACACAAUUUCAACCCAAGACAAAAAGGUUAUGCAAAAAAUGAAGAGUGUCAUGAACGCAGCAAGCAGCAUGGGAAUUCCUCAAGUGGUUUUCAUGACAAGAGUAGACCUCGCAUGUCCAAUACCCAAGGAGAACCUGCAAAAUGUCUACAAAAGCAAGAAGAUCAAAGACAAUAUGCAGAAAUGCAGUUAUGAACUGGGUGUGACUGUGAACCGUAUCUUUCCUGUCAUGAACUAUCAUGAGCAGAUCCACAUGAAUGAAGAUAUAAACUGCCUGAUGCUCGAUGCCUUAACAAAGAUUAUCUACUGGGCUAAUGACUAUGUGCUCAAAAAGAGUUCACAACAACAAUCAAAGUGUGAAUAAAGAAAGUUCACAUGAUAAGUGACAAACAAGUUUUAAAGCUUGUCUAACGAGUUACUCAUAUAUUCAUAUUAAUCCAAUAAUUAAUGCAAAUAUAUUAAUGAUUACAUUUCAUUUUGCUUUUUAAGUAUAUAAAAGAUUUUGGUAAAGGAUUUUUACUUGAUUAUAGAAUUGAUUUGGAAUUGUGCAUCAGUAUCACAGCCUGAAUAAAGAGUGUAAUGCUUACAUGGAGCUUUUCAGACAUUUCAGAUCUUUUAUAUUUUGCUCAGUUUCUGUAAUGUAAUAGGAUUUAUGUGGAUAUAUUUUCAUAUAUUGAAUGUAACAUUGAUGCAUUUUUGUAUAAAAACUCUGAUGUAUUAUUAUUAUUAUUAUUAUUAUUAAUCUGUAAAUAAUACUAUGCAAUGCAUACCCAUUUUACCAAUAAAAUGUAAAUAAUACAUGUUAAAAUGAAACUUUAUAACCCAUUAAAAAAUAAUUAGCUUAAAUAAUACAACAAACAUUUCCUGCUACAGUAAAUAUACACUUACAGUGAAUAAAAUGAAAUACCGGUGAUGGCCACCAGAGAAUGUUAGUAAAAUUAAAUGGUUUCUAACAAACUGAAAACUCGCUUCCAACCUACAUUGGCCUAGGCUUCUUUUGCUGGUUACAUAAACAGUCACAUCUGCGAACAUCUCCGCUGUCACGGCUGGCUUUUUGGUACUGCUCGAUGCUACUUUGGAUUUCCUCGUGUUGAAGUCAUUAUUUAUAUAUCUUAUAAAAUACAAUGUUAUCUAAAUACAAUAUGUGAUGCUGAGGUUUUUU